GUGUACAUAUUCCAAUAAGAACGGGCCAAGACGUGAAAUGUUUUUUUUUGUUGUGUGUGCAUACAUACAUUAAUUGCAUUAAACGGGCAAAAAAAAUACAAAAUAUGAAAUAAAAAGGAGGAAAAAAAAGCGCAAUGUCAAUGUCCGCCCAUGCCCGUUUCAAUUAAUUUUCCUGUCGAUUUUUGGGCCCGAAAAAAAAGAAGGAAAAACAACAGCGAAAAUACGCGAGUGCAACGGGUAAAAUAACAUGAUACACACAGCACAUGUGUGUGUGUGGGUGUACAUUAUAUAUGUAUACAUAGGCAACAUUUUUUCUCUUAUUAGUCAUCUUUGGUGUGUGUGAUGAAAAGCGAUGAAAUUUCAGCUGAAGCUAGCGCGUGGAAUAGCAAGCAGUGAGAGAGGGGAAUACCACGGACGAAUCAGGACAUAGACAAGGACAAGGAGCAACAGCAGCAGCAGCAUUUGGCGGUGGAGCAGGAGCUGGCGCGUCUGGAGCAGUGACACGUGAUCAACUCUUACGGGUGGGAAGGUCAGCAACCAGCAGCCAGCAGAAGCUCCAGAAUCAGCAGCAGUCAGCAGUUGAGGACGCAGGCGGGGCAGUCGGAGGAUCGGGCAACCAUGUCUUCGCCGGCGGCGCAGAGCAACAGCAGCAGCAGCCAGUCGCAGUCCGCAGCCCAGCAGCAGCAGCAGCAGAAUCAAAAGGCCAAUGUCAACAACACACACGACAACAAGAAUGCCGCGGCGACGACGGGGACAGCGGCGGGAUCGGGAUCAGGCGGAGCGGCAGGCUCGGCGGGCACACAGCAGCAGGGUCAGGGCGGCACUGGAACCUCGAGCGGUCCAUCCAGCCCAACCAAGCGCAGCACAAUAUCGACAAAGGAGCGUGUGAUCGACAGCGUGGCAUUUCCGCCGAGCCGUAAACUCACCUGCGCGGAUGUGUUCGACGCGCGGACCGGAAAGCCGCAGCACGAUGUCCUCAAGCAGCACUUCAUCCUGGAGGGCAGGAUCGAGGAGAGCGCCGCCCUGCGCAUUAUCCAAGAGGGCGCCACGCUAUUGCGCACGGAAAAGACGAUGAUCGACAUCGAGGCGCCGGUGACGGUGUGCGGCGAUAUCCAUGGCCAGUUCUACGAUCUGAUGAAGCUAUUCGAGAUUGGGGGCUCGCCGGCGACCACCAAGUAUCUGUUCCUGGGCGACUACGUCGAUCGGGGCUACUUCAGCAUCGAGUGCGUACUGUAUUUGUGGUCGCUAAAGAUCACCUAUCCGCAGACGCUGUUCCUGCUGCGCGGCAACCACGAGUGCCGGCACUUAACCGAGUACUUCACCUUCAAGCAGGAGUGCAAGAUCAAGUACUCGGAGCGCGUGUACGACGCCUGCAUGGACGCAUUCGACUGCCUGCCGCUGGCGGCGCUCAUGAACCAGCAGUUCCUCUGCGUGCACGGCGGUCUGUCGCCGGAGAUACACGAGCUGGAGGACAUCCGACGGCUCGACCGCUUCAAGGAGCCUCCCGCCUUUGGCCCCAUGUGCGACCUGCUGUGGUCCGAUCCGCUGGAGGACUUCGGCAACGAGAAGAACUCGGACUUCUACACGCACAACUCCGUGCGCGGCUGCUCGUACUUCUACAGCUACGCCGCCUGCUGCGACUUCCUGCAGAACAACAACCUGCUGUCGAUCAUCCGGGCGCACGAGGCGCAGGACGCCGGCUACCGCAUGUACCGCAAAAGCCAGACCACCGGCUUCCCCUCGCUGAUCACCAUCUUCUCGGCGCCCAACUAUCUCGACGUGUACAACAACAAGGCGGCGGUGCUGAAGUACGAGAACAACGUGAUGAACAUCCGGCAAUUCAACUGCUCGCCGCACCCGUACUGGCUGCCCAACUUCAUGGACGUGUUCACCUGGUCGCUACCCUUCGUGGGCGAGAAGGUCACCGAGAUGUUGGUGAACGUGCUGAACAUCUGCUCCGACGACGAGCUCAUGACCGAGGAGAGCGAGGAGCCACUCUCCGACGACGAGGCGGCGCUGCGCAAGGAGGUGAUACGCAACAAGAUCCGUGCCAUUGGCAAGAUGGCGCGCGUCUUCUCCGUGCUGCGCGAGGAGUCCGAGUCGGUGCUGCAGCUGAAGGGACUGACGCCCACGGGCGCCCUGCCCCUCGGCGCCCUCUCCGGCGGCAAGCAGUCGCUCAAGAACGCCAUGCAGGGCUUCUCGCCCAAUCACAAGAUUACCUCGUUCGCGGAGGCCAAGGGCCUGGAUGCCGUCAACGAACGGAUGCCGCCGCGGCGGGAUGCAACGCCCUCGCCGGCGGAGGAGGGCCAGAAAUCACUGUCAGCCGCGGCAGCAGCAGCGGCCAAUGCAAAUGCGAAUUCAAUCAAUGGAUAAUUCUAAGUCAGUUAGCACCAGCUACAGCUGCAGCUACAUAUGUAACAGUCAAGUUAGUCAGUCGGAUCGAUGGGUCCUCUAGGGAUCCGGUUGGUCCAGGGGAUCGGAGGAGAAGGAGGAGGAGGAGGAGGAGGAGGAGGAGGAGGAGGAGGAGCAGCAUAGUCAGUUGGUAGUCGACAGUUAAGCAGCGAACGGUGGGAGGGAGUCAGCACAUACAGUUCGGAACAUAGGAAUAGUCUCAAGUUCGGCUCAAAGAAGAUAAACACUGGGCAUAUACAGACAUAGAACACAACUAAUUGAAAGAUCGUAUAUAGUAUAGAAGGCGAAAUUGAUCAAGGAUAGUAAGGAGCAAGAGCAGAGACACCACCACCAUCACCAACACCACAACAACACAGCAACAACAACAGUAACAGCAACAGCAGCCACUACAACAACAAGAGCGGAGCAGCAGCAUUGCAGCAAGCGUUAACGAGUACUUAUUGGUAUUAAAUGCAAAAAUGCAUAACAACAACACCCCCCCCCCAAAAUGGAAGCUAAUUAUAAAGUUGAAAGAUUAUAGAAUUAUAUAUAUAAAAAAAAAAUAUAUAUAUAUCAAAAUUUUGUGCAACGUUAUAUCAAAAGAGCAAAUGUAAAAGCUAAGCAGAAGUAUUAAAGUGCGCAUGCGCGCCUGUCUUUUUUGGCAAGCAGUUGACCAUAAAGCAGUAGACACGAAGCAGUUGCCAGUUGCGCGCAUUUCCCCAUUCAAGAAGAAGAAUGAAGAAGAAGUUGAUGAUGAUGAUGAAGAAGAUUUAAAGAGGCAAACCAAACAAAAAAAAAAAAAAACAAAACAAAAAAACUUAAUAAAAGCAAAUUAGGUUAUUUAAAUUAUUUGCUAACAAAUUGUAAGACGAAUCGGAAACCAAUCUCUCAUCUCUGUAAAGUCAAACCAAACGAAGUGACAAAACCAAACGAGAACUAAAUCUAGCAUCUAAACUGAAGCGAAAGCUUAGGCGAAUUCUACUACUUUCGUUGUGUGGCGUCUGCGGCGACUUCUUCUCAACAACAAAUAAAAAAAAAAAACAAAUUAAAAUUAAUGAAAAUGAAAAUGAUAGAAACAAAAACAACUUCCUACAACAACAACAGCAACAGCAGCAACAAUAUUUUACUACAAUAUUUUAAUACAAGAACAAGAAACGACUGAAUCUCUCUCUAUCUAUCUAACUAUCCGACUCUUUCUCUCUCGCACACACAACAUCAAACACCACAAACACACACACACACACACAGACACACAGAACAUGCAAAACAUACAUAAAUACACCAACAAGCAGGGCAAUGAUCCAACUCAAAGUUGAUCGUCCCCUGCCAAUCGUUUAUCGGUAAUUGUUUAUCGUCGCCAUUGUCGCCUCACACUCUCUCAUCUGGUGAUUGUGUAUGUGGUCUUUAUAUACGUGCCAUCUUUGUCGUAGUCAUUAGCUGAAUAUAUAAUUAGUACACUUGCAUGGGCUGCAGCGAUGCAGGCGCCAGUGCUGAGUCAACCCACCAUCCUUCUCCACCUGCAGCCUGCCAGCAAUCGAAAUAAUCGUUAUCGAACCUAUCGAAAUAAUCGAAUCUCAAGGCGCGUCGAUAGGCUGCUGUCCAAACUCUUCCCCGUUUCCCUCCAGCAUUUGCGCCUGCUUCGUCCUCGUGGUCGUGUGCAAAUCCUUUUUAUACUUAAUGGAAUUUUAGUUACUUUUUAAAGUCGAAAAAAGAAGAAGACGUAGUGGAGAAUUCAAAGGGGGAUAUGAAGAGAAUAGAAUAGAGCAGAGCAGAAAAAAAUAAAUAGAAACGCGAAGCCUAACUAAUGAAGAUUGUAAUUAACGUGUGCAAAGGGAAUUUUGUUAUUUCUUAAAUUUUUUUAUAUUUCUUGUUAUCUUUUUUAUAAUUUGUAUUUAUUGUAAACUAUUUAUAUAUAUAUAUAUACAUAUACACACACAAUCAGCAACACACAUAAUAUAAAUACAUAAAUAUAUAUUUAUAAACUAAAUUGUUGUUUCUACUUCAUUAUUGUUUACUACACCUUUUUCUAUAAGCGUUAAGUAAUUUAAUUAAAUGAAUUUAAUAAAAUGAAAAUUUAAACAAACAAAAAACCGCCUGCAGCCAAAAAGGGCAAGGCGAAACGUUUUCUUAAACAAAAAAAAAUUAUAUUCUACAAUAAGUCUUAAGGGAAAAAAUCAUUAACAACAAAAACAGAAAAGAAACCGAACUAUGUGAAUUAACUAUUAAGUUUAAAUUAUACAAGAUGAAAAUGAAACCAAAUAACGUUUACAACCAUUAACAAAAAUAAUAUGUUGAAACCAAAAAAAAGCAAACAAUUGUGCAGCAUGCAAAACCACAAAAAAAAAAAAAACUUAAAACAAUUUUUCAAUUUCGACAAGACAACAAACAAACCCAAUUUAAAGUUUAAAGAACAUGUAAUACAAAAUGCAAACUUAUAGCAAUUUGAAGUACUUUAUAAACAAAUAUACAUACAUACGCCUAAGAGAACGUAUAUACACAUAUAUAUAUAUAUAUUUGAAAUAGUUAAGGGUCGAAGUUGGUACUAUAUGAUUAUGCGCACGGCUUAUUUGCGAAUACAAAUGAUUUCGAGUGUAAACCUUUGGUUUUCAAUUUUGCAAUCAAGGUUUUAGCCUAGUAAUAGCUUUUGUGACUUACUAACUUGCUAAUAAGAGAUUAACUACGAUAGUUCGACUUGUAUUGACCAAUAAGCCGUGCGCAUAUGCCAAGCAUGAGACGAAAAGAGAAGGAGACGUAGAGCGAGCAGCAGCUAAUCGAACAUGAUACAAGAAAGCAAAAAGAACAGAAAAGAAGAAUGCGAACGCGAAUGUGCAAAAGUGCAGCAGCAAUCAGAAGGACAGUUGAAAGUCGGUGACAUAUUCAAGUUAUGUUGAUAGGCACCCAUAAACACACAACCGAACACCCCACACACAAACAAAUACACGCCGCAUGCUUUUUGCGAGCGAGGUGAUGGAAAGCAUGCUUGGCGAGCAGAGCACCAAUCAAGAAGAAAGCAUGCUUUUGGCUCCGUUUCCACUGGACAUUUUCCACUUGCCGCUUCUUCCUCGCGUGUUUUUUGCCUUUGCGCGGUUGCCCAUGCGCAUCAGCGGCUACGUCAUCAAGCAGUUAAUGGUUACAGAUGAUUUACAUUUAUAUAUAUUUACAUAUAUAUAUAUAUAUAUAUAUAUAUAUAUAUAUAUAUAUAUCCAUAUACAAUAUAAACCGAUCUAAUGUUAAGCGUUUCACACACAGACACAACAAUUUACAAGACGUUUAUGCAUUUCGAUUCAAUGAAAAAUCAAGAAUACGAAUAAUACAAAUAUUAUAAACAAUAAUUACAAUAAUGGAUUACAGCAAGCAAGCUCUUACUAUUAUUUUUAAAGUAAAUGAGAACUUUUUAACAAAUUACCGCAACCCGUAUACAUAUGUAUAGCAUAUAACUGAAUACUUUUCUCUCCUCCAACGUUCCCACAAUAAAAAAAAAAGGAAAAAAGCAAAAUUACAAAUUAGCGCGCUCUUCUAACAUAAAAAAAGCAAAUGCAAAAACCAAAGUAAAUUUAAUUAAUAUACACAUAUAUGAGAAGAAACCAAAAACCAAAAUAUAUAACAUAUUACGAGUAAGCAAAUAAUAUAUAAAAAUACUUUUAUACUAUAUACACGAAGCCUAAGAACUAAACAAAAGCGAAACAAAAUUAUAUUAACGACUACCCCUCUCGCUCUAACCUCUCCAUUCUCCUGUUGUCCUGCUCUUCUUUUCUCUCUCUCUCUCUCUCUCUCUCUCUCUAUCUCUCUCCGUCUCUCUCGCACUGUGAAACUCCCGACUCGACUUCGACCUUGACCCUUUAUCUUUUCUCUCUCUCUAUCUCUAUGUCUUUCUCUCUGUCGUUUCGGUGACCUCAGAAGAGGACCCAGCAAAAAUGCGAAAACCAUACCAAAAGCAAAGGAAAAUAACACUUUUUAUCGGUACAUUUUCUACUACACCAUAUAUGAAUAGGAAAUACAAGAGAAGAAGAGGAAGCGAAUAUAAAGUUAAAACCAAAUUACCAACUACAGCAAACCACAAUUUCAAUAUAAAAACGAAUGGGUCCUAUUUCGAACUUGACUUUCGGCACCGUUUUUGUAAAAUCCCUUGAGUUUUGAAACCAUUUCGAAAGCUGCCUCUUAGUAUGAUAUGAAAAACAAAACAAUUUUGAUUUGAAAAGUCUUUCAUAGCACGCGUCUAGGCAGUUUUUUAAGUGGUUUCAAAACCCAGAGAAUGAUAUUUAAAGAUAGCCAAGACGUGAUAAAAAAAUACCCAUAAAAACUAUACUCAAAUUUCAGCCGAAAGUUAAAAUUAGAAUGGCCGAUUACAAUCAAUUCCACACUCAGUUCGAUAUCGAAUAAAUCGCAUAUUGAACAUAAAUGUUUUUAGAGUUUUUUUUUUUAAAUUUCCGUUAGACUGUUAGUUUAUCGAUUAGCUUGAACUACUAUGUACAAUCAAAUAUUUAAGUCGCUUUAAGUAAGCCAUUUUGUUAACCAAUUGUUUUUUUUUUUUAUAAUCGUAUAUACACUUAUUAAAUUUAACGAGAAUAAAGAGAAAAUGGGAAGAUUUCUUGUUUUUCGUUUCCACUCAUCUCAUCCAUUGCAAUGCGAAUGAAAACCUUUUCAUCAUAUGUAUGUAUGUAUGUAAUUAUAUACGUUACCUUAAUUUUUUUGAUACAUGUAUUUUUCAACAUCUACUUCCUGCCCUCGAAUGCUUUAAAAACUUUACACGAAAAAGAAAACAAUUUAAUAUAUAUUAUAAACAAAAAAGAAAUGGACAAAGAAAAGCAAAAACAAAAAAAAAACAAGAAAAACCAAGUGAAGAAAAAACCAAAAAACAAUUAAAACUUUACCUUUUGGAUAAAUCAAUUUAAAUGCAUAUUUUAUAUAUAUUUAAACAUUUAUUUAUAUAUAACAUGUAUGAUAAAUAUAAGUUGGAAAAACUUUGUCAAAGCAAAAAGUUUAUAUACUUAUAUUAAAGAAAAACAAAAAACAAAUGGAUGGAAGAUGGGAAAGGAAAACCAAAAACCAAAUAAAUAAUAUUAAAAAUGCAACAUAACAAAUUAACAAACAAGAAAACAUCACAUCUAGAUAAAUCUCUUAAAAAUUUUCAAUUUUAUUAUUAAACCGAAACCAAAGUUAAUGGAUAAACAAAUUUAUAAACUGUAUUGCAAGGGGCAGCUGGCUGGCAAAAAUUACAUAAAAUUUGCGCCGUUGUGACAAAAAUUGUACGCAAUCCAAGGAAGAUAACAAAUUAAUUUACAAGAUAAAGAUGAUGAUAAUGGAGAUGUAGACGAUGGAGAAUAAAUGAAGGCAACAACAAAAUGCAGACAACAAGUUUUAACCUUAAGUGAAUGCAAAACAAAAUGAAGAAACCCAAUGAAAACAAAAUGAUUAUCAAUGUUAUUAACAUAAUUAAUAUUAACAAAAACGAAAAAAAAAGAACAAGCAAAAAAAAAAAACAAAAACAACCAAAAAAGAAAUACAAAAACAUUAAAAAAAAUAUACAAGUACCUAUCCUGAGAAUAAAAUGCGCGCACAUUUAUUAUUUCCUCU